AAGGACAGAACCCGGCAAUUCAUUCGAGAUUGUCCUAAGUGUGGAAGGAAUCAUCCAGAGAGAAGAUGUCCUGCAUUCACAAGGAAUUGUUUGAAGUGUGGACCAUGCUGCCAUUUUGCAAGAAGUGCAAGGAUAGUGAGACACAAGUGCAGGAAAUGAUGAUGCAAGAGGAACACCCUGCUGAAAUGUUUGUUAGUUCUCUAGGUGGCUCAAAGUCAGAUGUGUGGUCUAUGUCUUUGAGAACUAAUGGCGGUAUGGUAAACUUUAAACUAGACACGGGAGCUCAAGUUAAUGUCUUGCCUCGGAGUGUUUAUUGUAGACUGACAGCUAAACCAGUACUGGAACCGGCUAAACUUAGAUUAAUGCCACAUGGGUUAUCUAGACCACUGCCAGUAGAUGGGCAAUGCUUCUGUCAGGUGGAGCAUGGAACAACUCACCAUUUGCAGUUUUAUGUUGUGCCGGCAACAGCUUCACCAAUAUUGGGACUGAAUGCAUGUCAAAAACUAGGACUGGUCAAACAAAUUGCUGAAGUAGAUAGAAAUGACAAUCAGAUUGUAAAGGACUCAGUUCUGAAAGAUUAUUCUACUAUUUGUGGUAACUCCAGGACUUCUAGAAGAUCAUGACGAUUGCGUCAUAAAGUACCCCCUGAUUCAGUCACUACACGGUGUGAUCUUGGCUGCGUCUCUCUAUCCACUGUCGCUGGUACAUCCCACCUAUUUGGUCAAGCACCAACCCCUGAGUUCCUGGUUUCAAGUCUGGUAAGGGUCACACUCCAUUCUUCUGUUAUAUUCUAGUAUACUUGAGUAUAGCAAUGUAGUAUACUUGAGUAUAGCAAUAGAACUCAACACAACACAUUAAUGAAGUGUAACAACAACUAGAAUUACAACGCAAAGUCUGCUUUCCUCCAGCGGGUAUUCUGACUAACCCCCGGUUAUAUCAGUCAAACCAUUUACCCAAGUCCCGUAUAGUACAGUCCUGAGCCCAACUUGAUACUAUUCCUAGCUUGUGGUUGUUGACCGCCACUGCCAAUGAGACGAUAUCAAAGUUUGAUGAAUAGAAUAAUUCUAAGGUAGCAUCUUCACGGUGAGGUAACACGGAGAAAUUCAAACUCCAUGCACCACCAUCAACAUCCGGGCACACACCUAAACCCUAUGGAACACUAGCCUCAUUUCCAGACUCUCUCUCGCUAGUCUUGUCCCAUGCCCGUAUGACAAUUCCACAGACUCUCGCAUGCUAGUCUUGUCCUUUGCCCGUAUGAAAGCUAAUUGAACACCACAAG